AUGUCGCCAUCUAUCAUACACACCUCAAAUCAGUCGGUCUCCACAAAUGGCCACAGUAACGGCCAUACGAACGGAUCUGUCUCCAAGAAAUCGUCGCAGCAUGGCGGGUUUGGAACACGCGCUAUACAUGUCGGCUCUGAGCCUAGCGAGGAAACUGGUGCGGUGAUACCCGCCAUUUCAUUGAGCACGACCUACAAGCAGGACGCCGUUGGCGUGCACAAAGGCUACGAGUACACGAGAUCUCUAAACCCGAACAGAGCCGCCUUGGAGCGCACCCUCGCCGCAUUGGAAUCCGGUGGUUCCUACGCACUGACUUUCGCGUCCGGCUCUGCCACAACGGGCAUUGUUCUCCAGUCCUUGGGACCCGGCGCGCACGUCCUCAGCGUGAACGAUGUAUACGGCGGUACCUUUCGUUAUAUGACCCGCGUCGCCAAGGAGCUACAGGGCCUCGAGGUUGAUUUCCUUGACCUUGAGAAUGCCAGCGACGACGAGAUCAUCGGUGCGAUUCGCCCGAACACGAAGCUUGUCUGGAUCGAGUCACCCACGAAUCCCACCCUGCGCCUCAUCGAUAUCGCCAAAAUCUCCCGCUUGGCAAAAUCGCACCCCUCGCAGCCGCUAGUGCUCGUGGACAACACGUUCCUCUCGCCGUUCUACUCCUCGCCGCUGCUGCUCGGUGCCGACCUCGUCAUGCACUCGAUGACAAAAUACAUCAACGGCCAUUCGGAUGUGCUAAUGGGUGCGCUGAUCCUCCCGGCGUCGCAUCGCCACCUGGCGGUGUACGAGAAGCUGCAGUUCCUGCAGAACGCGAGUGGCGCGGUGCCCAGCCCGUACGACUGCUGGCUCGCGCAACGCGGGGCCAAGACGCUGCACCUGCGGAUGAAGGCGCACGGCGAGAAUGCGUUGCAGGUCGCGCGUGCACUGCAACGCAGCGAGCACGUCGAGGAGGUCAUAUACCCCGGGCUGAAGACGCACGCGCGCAACCAGCUGGCGUACAAGUCACUCUCUGCGCACGCGAAGAAGUUCGUGGACACGUUCAAGCCGGACGACAGCGACGCUCCGUUCGAUUUCCCAUUCAGCGGGAUGAUAUCGUUCCGGAUUCGGGGUGACGAGGCUACGGCUGAGCGGUUCCUGACGUCGACGCGUCUGUUCACGUUGGCGGAGUCGCUUGGGGGCGUGGAGUCGCUCGCAGAGCACCCUGCACGGAUGACGCACGGCAGCAUCCCCCCUGCUGAGCGUGCAAUCCUCGGAAUCGGCGACAACUUGAUCAGGCUGAGCGUCGGUGUAGAGGACGCGGAUGACCUGGUAGAGGACGUCGAACAAGCGCUUGAAUUAGCUGUACGCAGUAACGCUUAA